AUACAAUAUAACAAUUAACGCAUGAUCGACUUUAGGCAUAUACCUACCAUAAUCUUUAAACAUGAAUUUGAGAUUUAAAGAGUAGCUAUAAAGAAAGAAGUUUUAAAAUGAUUUUAAGGAUAUGUUGUUUAUUUGUCUUUAUACAGACGGUUGACAGUAUCAUGUGCUAUUUCUGCACGGAUACGAGCAAUUUAGAUGGACGGAAUCAAUGCCAGACGUGGCAUAGAACCAUGCGACAUUACCGAAGGAAGUAUGAAAAGACAGGCUCGUACACAAUAGAUAAAUAUGUAAAGAACUGUUCAGAAUAUGGUGGUAUUGACUCGCCGAAAUACUGCAUGGUUGCACAGAUCGACGAAGGAGAGCAUACACGGACAUUUAUAAGGGACUGCAGUGAUGGUACUUCAUUUUUCAGCGACGAUGUUGACGUUUAUCUACAAAACCAGAAAGUUAAACCCGACAAUCAGACAAGUUGUGAAGCAUUGACAUCUCUUGGAAUAACAGCCUGUGUAACUCUAUGUGGUUAUAAUGAAUUCGGUGUUGGAGAUUUUUGUAACGGACCUACUGACAUCUCUAAAGCGUCAUCUUUAUACAAGAAUGCUGCAUUGUUCUCAAUACUUGCAGCUUUGAUUUUCUUCAAAUAGUAUUUUGUUGACACGGCAUUCUUUUCACAUCAUUUGAUUUUAGGAAUGAAGUAGGAGAAAGUUAUAGAACCCGAAUAAGCCAAGAAAUAUGCAUAUGUAUCUAAAACAGUCUAUUUGACAAUUUGGAACAUACACUAUUUUGAGAAAUGUUUCUAUCACAUUUUUCAAUCAUAAAUCAUUUGGAUAUAGAGAGCUUAAUGUCAAACGAUGCAUUCAUCAAUUUCUAAACUUAUAUUGUUUCGUUUACAUUUUAUAGAUAGAUUACAAUGUACGUAUUGAUACUUACAAAUUUAUAAUAAUGAUUGAAGAUAAUUGUUCGUCUUUGCAGCGAACUAUGUUAAUAGAUGAAAAGUCAUGACGCUGCCAAGUGGUAUAUUUAUAUUUGUUUAUUCUAAUUCCGACCUGUUUACUUAAACUUUUUAUUUCAAAUGAAAUACAUUUACGCUUCAAAUGUCUUUAAUGGCAAAUAUUCGUAUGAACCAACAUAAAGACAUUUUUAAAAGUGUAAACCUAUUUUAUGUAAAGAUUUACUAUGAAUUGUUCCGUUAAACUAUGUUUCAUGUUCAUGUGUCUUACAGGUGUAUGCUAUACUAUCAUAUAAAUAUAUAGGCGAACGUUUUUUUAUGAUCUUAGAAUAGCAUUUUCAGAAAAUGUCGGGAAAAUAAAAUCGUCAAUGUCACUUUAACAGUUUGCUUAUUGCAAAGGUUAACUACUGUAGUAUUCUAUGAAGGUUAAAUCUUAUUUUUCAUUUAAUCUGCUUUUCAAAACACAUGUCUCCAUCUUAUAUGACUAUGCAAAGAUUUAUUAAUAGUAAAGAAAUGACAGAAUGUAGUUCAAAUUUCCUAGGCUAGUUUAAAGGCAUAUGAAUCGAAGUAAUUGAUCUCAGUGUACUCUAAAUCCACCCAAACGCCACACCAACCCUACCCCGUUCUCUCUGCCCCAGCAAUAUUGUAUUACAGUAAAUGUGCCUGUGAUUAUAUAAUAAUGUCGUUCAAAUUUUAAAUAAAUUAUACUGUACACAUUUCAUUGUACCCGGUAAUCAUAUAUAUUGUGUAAGAACGAUCUUAUGGUAUGGUUUCAUUGACAGGUCUUUUGAGAAUGUAAAGUUAUAUAUUUGAUGUUAUUUGUACAUUUUCUCUAGAUAGUUUUGUUAUUUUCAUAAUGCGUUAUAAAUAUUCGUAUAUUGGCUUGUUAAAUAUAAAAAUCUACUCUAAAUUCCAUUAAAAUUAUUACAU